AUGGGGCUGAAAGUGGCCAUCAUUGGAGCCGGAAUAUCCGGCCUGGCAUCGUUAAAGACAUGCCUGGAGAACGGUAUCACAGAGGUCACUGUCUUUGAAGCGCGAGACGUCAUCGGCGGGCAGUGGAAGUACCAGGAGCCUGACCCUGAGACUGGCGAGACAGCCUCGUCCAUAUACGACAAUGUGAUACUCAACUCGUGCCGUGAUACCUCGUCCUUCAGUGACUUCCCCAUUGACCCGGGCAGAUAUCCCGAUUACUUUGGCCAUCGCCAGUUCCUGCAGUACAUACACGAGUAUGUCGACCACUUUGGGCUGGCAGGGUUUGUCAAGUUACGGACGAAGGUCAUCUCCUGCAGGCAGCAGCAGCAGGACAAGAAAUGGACUGUCGCCUACCAAGAGCAAGGCCAUGACCCGGUAGAGGCAGUUUUUGACGCUGUCCUUGCAUGUACCGGGACGCUGUCCAAGCCAAUGAUACCGGACUUCAAAGGCAGAGACACAUUCCGGGGCGAGCUCUUCCACAGCCACACGUAUCGAAAGCCGGCCAGGUUUGAGGGCAAGAGAGUUGCCAUUAUUGGGUUUGGUAACUCGGCGGCCGACCUGUCUUCUGAAAUCAGCACGGUAGCUACAGAAGUGCAUUUGAUCACUCGCAGGGGCGGAUGGGUGAUUCCACGUUAUGUCCUGGGCAAACCGGCCGAGGCGUACGACAGCCGAGUGUUCGAGACCAUUCUUCCCAAGCGGGUCUCGGAAUGGUGUCAGAUGAAGCUAUGCGAUGCCGUCAUGGGCUCGCUGCCCGAGGAAAUCAAGCCACAACAUUCGCUCUUCCAGGCCAACCUGACAGUUCGAAGCGACCUGCUGGAGAACAUCCGAACCGGCCGAAUCACUCCUCACAGGGCCGGUGUUGACAAGAUAACAGAGCAUACCAUUGUGCUCACCAAUGGGACAGAGCUAGAGGUAGAUGUCAUCGUCUGUUGCACGGGCUAUGACAUCCACCUACCAUACCUGUUGAAUGAGUACUAUCGGAUGCAAGAGAAGGACAGCGUGUUGCCAGCCAGAAACAGUCUUAACUUGUACAAGCUUGUUGCCGCACCGAGACACCCGAAUCUCUUUUGUAUCGGAUACGUGCAUCUUGAGGGCCCUCUCGUCCCCGUCGCCGAGGCGCAGGCGAGAUGGGCCGUAGGAGUACUUACGGGCCAUGUUACGUUGCCUUCUGCAGAGGAGAUGGAGAGAUCGAUCCAUACGUACCAGGAGGAUCUAGCUUCUAAGAUGGUUUCUUCAGACAGGCAUACGACCAUAGUCAAGUAUCUUCCGUACUGCGACGACCUGUUCAGCCAGUUAAACGCAGCACCGACCUUCUGGCGCCUGUUCCAGCGCAUCUUUACUUCUCGUCCCUUGCAGGCUUACAGGGUGCUAGUUGCAGUGUACUUUGGCCUUAAUUCGCCUGCUCAGUACCGGCUGUUUGGUCGUGCAGGGAAGCCUGAGCUGGCGGCCGAGAUACUGCUGCGGCUGUCCAGGGGUGACAGCACGAUGACCGAAGAAGAAAAGAAGUAUAUCCGGAGCACGGCCCAGGUCUGA